AUGGGUGGCCAAUCGAAGAAAUCCGUGGCUGUUAUUGGCUCUGGAAUGGCUGGCCUGGUAUCUGCAUACUUGUUACAGAGAGACCGCGAACAACGAUAUACGGUUGAGGUUUUCGAGAUGCAAGACCAAUUAUCGUUAGACUCUGCGUCUUACACUGUACCACCAGGGGAUGAUGACGAUGAUGAUAACUCGCCACCGUGCCGCAUUGAUAUCCCAAUGCGCGCCCUCGACAACGGAUUCCACAAUAAUCUAAAGCGCAUGUAUGACUAUCUAGAUAUCAAGUACAGCUCUCCCAAGUUCAUAUACCCACUAUCGUCCAUUUCCACGGACCGGGGAGCCAAAAAGUCGCCCUACUAUAUACACUCAUCAAGCAACCACAUGGUACCCCCGUUACGGCCGGAAGGCCGUGGUUACGUGACUUGGAUACUGCAAAUGGUAUUCUUAGCCGUGUGUUACUUCUGGUUCACGACAUGUUGCUUUUUCGUCCGGCCCAAACCCGCUACCAAGUCCCGUGAGGACGAGUCGUUCAGACAGUACCUGGAGCGAAUCAGGUUGCCGCGGAGUUUCAUCAGGAAUUAUCUAUUACCGCUCAUGUCGAGUAUCACGACCUGUCCGCAUGAUGCGCUGCUUGAUUUCCCCGCCAUUGACUGCACGGAAUACGCAAGGAGGACGUAUCGUCAGCCCCACUUCACUGUCGACGGGGGUGUCCAAAACGUUCAAACAACGAUCACAAAAGGACAGACCAUCCGACUCGGCGCCACUGUCACUGCGGUUGAAACCAUCGGCGCGAAAGUCCGCGUCACUUGGACCGAUUCAAGCACCAAAGAUAGCCGUUCGAGCGACUUUGACCAUGUCAUCAUGGCAGUCACGCCUAACGUGAUCAGCGCCAUAUACAAGCCCCUGCAGGACACUCUGGACUCGAUCCCCGUUACUUCUGGAGAAUCCGUCGUCCACCGCGACCUAUCAACCAUCCCGAAAUGCGAUCGCGUGCUCAAGAAGAUAGCCAAGCAAUCGCAUCCCGAGUCCUCAACCAAGCAACCCCAGCUCCUGCAUAUCUGCUCGAACGAUUCGUCGACGGAAUCGACACACACAUAUUCUUCUUCUAUUCUAGUAACGAAUUUUCCGAUUACCCCUAUAGACCCGUCGAAGGUUAUCCACCGCGCGCGGUUAGCUAGAGUCUUGCGGACUCCCGGAAGCCGGAAGAUCGUCAAUCGGAUAUUUGACAUCGGUGCCUCCAAGAAGGACGACGAGCGGGUUUGGCGCAAUGGAGAUGGGAAUGUUUGGCUUGCGGGCGCUUGGUGCUGGGAUGGGAUGGUGCUGCUGGAGGGUUGCGUCGUGUCUGCUAUGAGGGUCGCUACGAGCUUAGGUGUGGAAGUGCCCUGGACGGCGGAGGAAUAG